AACGCAGAGUUGGAGGGUGGACUUCUGAUGGUGGAUGCUCCUCUGCGAGACUUACAACGACUGGAAGUAUCUAUCCAACUCCUGAGGGAUCUGGUGAAGAAUGGAGUGGUAUGUCCUGGUGCUGAUGCUGAGCCUGCCGCCCUCCAUCCACGCAGAUUGCUCUUCCCAGUGUCACAAAUGUGUGCAGCAGAUCAUCAGCCCCGGCGCCUUCAGCAGCAUGUCGUGCGGUGCGGAGUGUGUGGGGGGGCUGCAGAGCUGCCAGCCGGCUCCCGCGCUGGCGGACUUCAGGCAGGAUGAAGGCGCGGAGGAGGAGGAGAGCCAGCAGGCGGAACUGGUCAAGCGCUACGGAGGCUUCAUCAAGAGGAUCGACAAGAACAAGAAGAAGAUGUUGGGCUCCCCGUGGCGCGACAAUUACAUCCUGGAAGCCGAAGCACUGCCCAAGAAAUACGAGGACUUGUUGAAGAGGCUGGGGGAGAAGGAUGCGGACGGGCCAGAUGCGCCGGAGCACCAGAUGCUCCAUAAACGUUACGGCGGCUUUUUACGCAAAUUCGGCCCCAAGUCAAAGAGGAGUAGCUCCGCGGAGCAGGAGAGCCAGGAGCCCGAGGAGGUGCAGAAGCGCUACGGGGGCUUCAUGAGGAGGAUCCGGCCAAAGUUGAACAACCUGAAGUGGGACAAGCGUUACGGAGGCUUUCUGCGCCGCCACUUCAAAAUCUCUGCGCGCUCAGUGGAGGAGCCGUACUACUCCUAUGAUGACUUGAGCCUAUAGAUGCUGCAAACUAUGAGAACUCGUGCAGGUUCACUUGAAACGCCACCAUGUAUCCAGAAUGAUCAUAUGCCUGCCCAUGUUGCUUUACUCGGUUGCCUUCUGUGUAACUCAUCUCCGUGUUAUUGCCAUCAUCGUCUAUCAUUCAAUAAAGGAUGCUUGUUUA